CCUCUUUCGCAACUUUCGUUUCGUUUUCGGCGUCUAGAUCUACCACAGCGCCUUUGCCAUGUCACAUGUGCCCAUCGACGCAUUUGCCUUGUAUUAUCAUCAUGACAUUGGCGAUUACCUUUUACCUGGGCCUUGUUUAUUUCGUUUGCAUGUAUACCCCCCGUCAUACCUCGCUUUCGUAUUCACACUGUACUACUGUUGUCUUAUUAGUCCUGCUUUAAAUCAUGAUUCACAGAGUUCGCAUAGAUCUGAUAGGUAUCAUGAUAAGUCUAUGAUAAGAGGUGUUCGUGCCAUGUUGCGGUGAAGUUUACUCGACAGUAUUGGUAGCGAG